AUGAGAAUCUCUCAGAAGUUACAGCGAGCGCAUGAGGAGCGCGAGGAUGCUACGUUCUCGUUCGAGUUCUUUGUUCCAAAAACAUCUCAGGGUGUCCAAAACUUAUACGAACGUAUGGAUCGUAUGUAUCAGACCCAACCUGAAUUUAUUGAUAUCACAUGGAACGCCGGUGGUCGUCUAAGCAUGCUUUCCACGGACCUUGUGGCCACAUCUCAAGGUGUUUUAGGACUUGAGACGUGUAUGCACUUAACAUGUACCAACAUGCCAGUGUCACAGAUCGAUGAUGCUUUAAAGAAGGCUUACGAUGCGGGAUGUGAAAAUAUUCUUGCGUUGAGAGGUGAUCCACCUAUCAAUUCUUUAGGAGAAGAAGAAGAAUGGAAGCCUUGUGAAAACGGAUUCAGAUACGCCAAGGAUUUAGUUUCUUACAUACGUGAACAAUACGGGGACCAUUUUGAUAUUGGUGUAGCUGCUUAUCCUGAAGGUCAUCCUGAAUGUGACUGCGAUGACAAACUGUUGCUUCAUUUGAAGGAGAAAGUGGACUGUGGUGCCGAUUUCAUGGUUACUCAGAUGUUUUACGAUGUCGAUAAAUUCCUUGACUGGUGUGCUAGAGUACGUGAGGCCGGUAUCUCCAUCCCUAUCAUCCCAGGGAUUAUGCCUAUCACAUCAUAUCCUUCUUUCAUUCGUAGAACGCAGUGGUGUCAAAUCAAUGUUCCUGACAAUUUCCUCGAACUAUUGGAACCAGUGAAGGAUGACGAUCAAUUGGUUAGAGAUGUAGGAACAGAGUUGAUGGUAGAACUUUGUCAAAAGUUGCUUGAUUCAGGUUAUGUCAACCAUUUGCAUAUGUACACUAUGAACUUAGAAAAGGCAUCAUUAAUGAUCUUGGAGAAAUUAGAUUUGUUAAAGAGGAGUAACGUUGGUAAGGAUGUCAUAGAACCAUUGGAACCUCUACCUUGGAGGAAAUCGUUGAAUCCAAAGAGAAGGAACGAAUUGGUCCGUCCAAUCUUUUGGCAAAAAAGACCAUAUUCAUACGUCGCAAGAACCUCCUUGUGGAACGAGGACGAAUUCCCUAACGGUCGUUUCGGUGACUCUUCAUCUCCAGCCUACGGUGAUUUAGAUCUUUGUGGUCAUUCUUUGAUUAGACAAUCUGUAAAGAAAUCCAUCGAAUUAUGGAGUACUCCACAGACCUUGGAUGACAUGUCAAACUUGGUAACCUCGUAUUUGGAAGGGAAACUUAAGUGUUUGCCAUGGUCGGAUGUUCCAUUGAACCACGAAGUUGAUGACAUUUUGAAACAUUUGAUCGAUCUUAACAAACACCACAUUUUUACCAUUAACUCUCAACCAAAGGUCAACGGAAAACCAUCCACAGAUCCUGUGGUAGGCUGGGGUCCUACUAAAGGUUACGUUUACCAAAAAGAAUAUCUAGAAUUUUUAUUACCAAGAGAAAAGUUACCAUUAUUCCAAGAAAUUUGCCAAGAACACAGCGAUCAUCUGACUUACUUCGCCAUCGAUUCUCAAGAUAAUCUAGCGACAAACCAUCCAGAAGAUUCAAGAGCCAAUGCCGUGACUUGGGGUGUUUUCCCUGGAAGUGAAAUUUUACAACCAACUAUUGUGGAAAAAGCGUCCUUCCUAGCAUGGAAGGAAGAGUUCUUCACUAUCUUGAAAGAAUGGAAAUUGACCUUCGUGGAACAUAAGGCAACAGAAUCGGUAAACUUGGUCAAUCACAUCAUCGACAAUUACGUUUUGAUCAACGUUGUUGAUAACGAUUUCAUUUCAACGAACGACACAAUCUACGAUCUUCUACAGCAGUUGUACUAG